AUGGCUGAUUUACCGGCAUUGUUACAUAUGCUCCAGAAUCUCCAGGAGAGACAAAAUUUGGCCGAUCUGAGGAUGGAGACAUUAUUACGAGUCACGUCUGCGAGGAGCAGAAAUCAACACAUCAAGGAAGAAGACAUGGAUGAACUCUAUCGGCCCUUGCCAAAGUUGAUGGCCGGGCAUCCAUAUGCUGCGGUAUUACCCGUCCAAGGAGUCAAUAUUGCUGUGGGGGGUUAUCAGGUGGGUGAUCUGCCCCCUGACGGACUGGUACCGACAAACAAUGAAGGGUAUAUAGAAGCGAGCCAUCUAGACCUGCCUGAUCUUAGAAGAAAACUUAGAGCUAUAUAUUGGUUUUAUCACGACGACAGUCUGUUCAUCCCCCACACUGCCCCACUGCUAAUGUGCCGCCAGGGUUUGGUAGCUCUUAAGAGGUUUCACCUUCCUUGA